UACGAGUCCAGAGAGUAAGGGUUCUCUUGCGGCCGCGCUCGCGUCACGGCGGCGCAGCAGAAUUCGAAGCUACGGUUUUCUCUCUUUCGUAGAUCCUUGGAGUUUCCUAUGGAGCUCGGUUGUUGAUCCAUUUCUAGGGUCUGGAUCGGUGUUUCCUCGGUUCGGCCUCCGACACCGAUGGCUACCGUCAACACUUUUGAUCUCCUGGCCGAUGACGACAACGACGAUCCUUCUCAUCUUAUCGCUGUCCGGCAACAGAAGGUUGCCUCCAAGAAGCCCCACGCACCCGCGGCUGUGCCGGCGACCAAAUUCCUGAACAAGCCCCUCCCUCCCGCUCAAGCAGUUAUUUUUUUUGCUAUUCUUGAUCCUUCCCGAUUACUAUUUGCUCGAAAAAUUGGUUGGCAUUUUGUUUGUUCUUCGGGCUAGUUUUAUCAACAAUUAAUUAGUCAAAGGAUUUAGGAAACGGGGACGUCAAUGGAUUUGCCAGGGGCUACGGUGGCGGUGUUUCUGAAGAGGGUGAUGGUGAUAAGCCCUUUGAAAGGGGGCGUGGAGGAUAUAGGGCGCAACGGCAGUAUUUUCGUGAUGGUCGACUUGGUGGAUAUGGCAAUAGUAAUGGAGAAGGCGGGUCUGACUCUGAGCGACCCCCACGUAGAAGGCGGUGGAAGCGGUCGGUGUUAUGAGAUGAAGCGUGAGGGCACAGGGCGUGCGAACUGGGGAACCACGGAUGAUUAUUUGAUUGCACAAGGGACCGAAGAAGAGGUAGACAUGGAUGGGAAGCUUGCAAAUUCUAAGGAAGAAGACGAUGGUGGAACACAAACAGAGGUGAAUAAGGAAAGCAUGGAGGCCACAGCAAUUGAAACUGAUGAAAAAGAACCUGAAAAUAAGGGUUCCGACAAGGAUAUGGGAAGAAAAAAAUAUAGUGCUGAUCAGGUGGAGCGGAGCAAAAAGUCCGAGUAUCACAGAGUUUCUGAGACCAGCUGAAGAGGAAAGAUGCUACAGUCUUGGUGGUCAUGGCCAUGGCAAAGGCCAAGGUGAUCAUGGAGCGAUUUGGCAGUGCAGCAGUAAGCCACACUUAUGCUCCUUCCAUUGAGGAUCCUGGACAAUUCCCCACACUUGGGGGAAAGUAGAAUACUAGUAUGCCAAUGCCUUUUUCCCCACCCUUCUCUUGCAUCUCUUUCAAAAUUUUGUUUAUCUAACUUAGAAACUUGUCUGACUUCUUUCUUUUAAUAAUUCUGUUUAGAAAUUCUAUAUGGUUAAUACACAGGUGGUACAAUUUCUUGUACUUGCAGUGUUCUCUUUGACCACUAGUAUGAAGUAUGUGGUUAGAUAAAACUAGCAUUGGAAUAGUAGAAUCUGAUCCAAAACAUUGCAUUUCUUUGGAUUUCUUUGAAUCUUCCUGCUGCUGUUUGCAUUAUCUGAUCCAAAACAACCUUAUUCUGAUCUGAUGCAAAUUUUCAAUUCAGUCAGAUAUGUUAUAUAGAAAUGUGCUGUGGAAUUAGAUUUCUUCAGAAUAAUUAACAAACAACUGUGAUGAUCUCUAUAGCAUGCCCCUUCUUUGGCUUUACAUUGGUUCCACUGCAUGACAAGUAGGGGAACCAAUGUAUUCGUUUGAUGUCACUCACAGUCAUCCAUAAACCUGCCUUGAUCCUAUCCUACAGAUGACAUGAGCAGUUGACAUGACAGCUUUUGUGUGUAUAUAUAUAUAUAGAGGGAGAGAGAGAGAAGUGAACAAGUACAAAUCGUGCCCAGCUUGCACGAUCCUCUCUCUCUCUCUCCCCUCGACUCGCUCCUCCAUCUUCCCUUAAAAGAGAGAGCGAGAGGAGAGAGAGAGGGAGAGAAGCCAUGGAGCCGCACUGCCACCCUGCCCAGGGAUUGACACAGGAGGAGAUGGCAGAGCUGGAGCCGGUGAUCCGAGCGCACCACACCUUCCCGCGUGCGCCGGGUACGUGCACCUCCCUCAUCACGCAGCGCAUCGACGCCCCGCUGUGCGCCGUGUGGCCCGUCGUCCGUAGCUUCGACCGGCCCGAGCGAUACAAGCACUUCAUCAAGAGCUGCCGCCUCGUCCGCGGCGAUGGUGGCGUCGGCAGCGUCCGGGAGGUCACCGUCGUGUCGGGCCUCCCGGCGUCCACCAGCGUCGAGCGGCUGGAGAUCCUGGACGACGACCGCCACGUCCUCAGCUUCUGCGUCAUGGGCGGGGAGCACCGGCUCAGGAACUACCGCUCCGUCACGUCGGUCACCGAGCUCCACCGGGAAGGUAAGGCCUACACCCUCGUCCUCGAGUCCUACGUUGUGGACAUCCCGGAGGGGAACACCGAGGAGGACACCAAGAUGUUCACCGACACCGUCGUCAAGCUCAACUUGCAGAAGCUCGCGGCGGUGGCCAUGGCCUCCUCGCGCGCUGAACCAUGCACUGCGUCAGGUCGGACCUGAUGACGCUAACAUGCACUGCGUCGGUUCCCUCUUUCAUAUGCUGCCUCUGUUGUUUCACUUGAACUCUUCGUAUCUUUAACCUUGGUGUUUGCUAUACUGUAGUUUGAGAUAAACCCCAUGUUUCUUUCCUUA